AUGUUGGCCACACUUGGACUUGGGCGCAAAGCGCCAUCGAGUCGGAUCCAAGCCCAGACCGAGCCAGAGGGGCGCGUUUCUAAUGCGGUGCCUCGGCUUCCUGCGCUCUCCAGCAGCGGCGACAACGACGACGACGAUGAUAGCAAGGGUUUCAGUGGGUUGGGUCUCGAUGAUUUCAUCCAGCAACGAGGCAGCUACGAUGAGGAGGAGGAGGAUAUCGACACGCUCAAGCCUUGGAAUCCAAGCACCGCUUCGAGCAGCGAAGAGGAUCCGCCUAAUCUUCUUCCCCGCAAGAGUCAUGACAACGACUCGAUCAUAGCCGUCAGGAACCACAAUACCGACUCACCGCCACCCACACCUCACUCGCCCCAUCGGCCGCAUUCAAGUCCAAAGCGGCACAUCUCAUCAUCUGCUUUCAGCGCUGCUGCUGCUGCUACUGCCUCCUUUUCUUCUCCAGCAAAUCAACACGAGCAUAAUCACAUAACAAUGAUGGAUCGUCACUAUCCACCGCAGCCUUCCUACGACAGGUCCAAGGUGCCCUCGGGCACCAAAGGCCCGGGCAAAGCGUCAGUUUCUACCAUCCUCGAAUCGGCCAAACGUACUCACCCUUCCAGACCCCUUUUAACUCUCGCCUCUCCUAGCGGACCUUUACUCGGAAAUGCGCUCAGCCCGAACGCUUCCACUUCGAUCCUUGCAUUUCCUUCCUCUCCUGGUGGAGCUCCACCCGUCCAGCCCAGUUUGUUCGCAUACUCGUCGACCUCUGGCGUCAACAAGUCGUCGAAAAGCCUCAAGGACAGCAAUGCGAGUAUCCACACAACUCAGACCAAGAAGAGCACGCGGUCCAAGAGCACCGAGCGUGCCACGAUCCGCAACGCUCGUGGGGAGAUCGAGUGGAGGAAAGCUCCUCCUAUUCCGUCCUCUGCGCCCUCCACGUCCCGCCACCACCUCACUGCCACGCCUGCUGGCUCCCAAUCUCGCCGCACACCUUCUCCUUACGACGAAGCCCCGCCCAGGUCACGCACUCGCUCCAACGGCACACCCAGUCGAGGCUCGGACGAACGCCGUCAACCCACCUCGAGUCGACCUGCUCCACCAGCAGAUGUACCUUACAAAUCCAUCGGCAGCACUUCCGCACUCCCUGACAAGGCUUCCCCGCAGCAACCUGGAAACAGGCGCAUAUCCACCGACUCGGAUGGAUUCCACACUGCUGACGACGAAGACGUAGAAGCGCGCGAAUGGGAGCGCAAGCGAGAGCGUCAAAUGGAAGCGGAUCGGCUCGAGGUGUACCUUCGCCAGCAAGCGCGAGAGGAGGAGGAGCGACGCGUACGAAAGCGUGCCUCACGAGAACGACUUGCUGCCGAGGCUCUACAGCGGGAGCGUCUGGUCGAGGCGAAGAGGCACACGGAGCGCGAGGCGCGUCGUCGAGCGCGUGAGGAGGCCGAAAGAGGGGAAGCAGAGCGCAGGAGGCUCAAACGCGAGGAAGCCCAGAGGAGGCGCAUCGAAGCUGAAAAGGCAGCAGAGGAGGAACGCAUUCGCAAAGAGAAGGAGUCGGCCGAGAGGAGGGCCCAACGAAAGCAGUUGGCCGAGGAGCGUCGCAAGCGCGAAGAAGAGGAGGCUGCUCGUCAAGCGCAGGAGAAGGCGGUGCGCAGGGAGCAACAACGUCUAGCUGCCAUCGAGCGUAAGAAACGCGAAGAGGAAGAAGCCAUCCGUCGCGCAGAGGAACAGCGGCUGGCUGCCAUCGAAGCCGAACGACUCGCCAAGGAAGAAGCAAUCCGGGCGGCGCAAGAAGCUGUCCUCGAAAAGGAACGCCAGCUCGUCGAAGCCAAGCGUCAGGUCGAGGAGGAAGAUCGCGCAGCUCGACGUGCGGGUCGUAGGGAAGAUCGACGUGCUCAACGUGCUCUUGCUGCGGGAUUCCCGCUAGGGGAAGUCGACCCUGAUGCACAGCAGACCGACGAUGAGGAAGACGACGAGCUCUUCGUUCACGACGACGAUGCUUCAGAUGCCGCUUCUGAAGUCUUUGUUGAUGCUGGGACCGAAGACGAUGUGGACACAGAAGCCAAGAGUGCCACCACCGACUCGAUGGCUCGUUCGACAUCCAAUCUCGAUGCGCCUUCCAGCACCGACGGCAGCUCCGAUAUGCCUGCUACGCCAGCAGACGAGAAAGCUAUGUCCCCCAUCCCACCCAAUCCCCCUUCGAUGGAUCUGGAUCGGAAGUCGUCCUCCAACGGCGGUCACGGCCAAGUCAAGUUUGCAGCGGGUACGACUGGCAAAGCCACUCCAACGGCUGCAUCAUCUCCAGCCGAGAAGAUCGCACCCUACAAGUCGGAUCGUUUCCGCAACGCUGUCAAGGCGGGCGCGAGGCGGACUGUUGGGUCGACGCUGACGGUUGCUGACUCGGCCAUGGUGCCUUCUACUUCGUUGCUGUCUGCUACCUUUGCUUCGUCGGAAGGGGACGAUGAUGACGACGAGGCUAGCGGUGCACCACAGCUGGGCGAUGACGAGAUUGUUCAGCCUAAUGGACCGUACCGUGAGGGUGGCAUCACCUACGGCAGAGGAUGGUGUGCGCAUGGUUUGGCCGAUCCUUCGCUGACCAUCGAUCAUCGGAGAUACGUCCGCGUUGCUCGAGUGAAAGCGACUCAAUCCGAUGCAGAUGCAGAUGCCGACGCAGAAGGCGCAACGACUCCAGAUUUCGACGAGGUCAUGUACAGCGAUCUGGGCGAACUCAUCUGGUCCGCCACCACCCCGGACGUCAUCACGCGCCUCAUCAGUCACCUCGACUACGCAGAUGUCAAGGCGCUGCGUCAAACUUCUCAAUCGAUCCGGUUCGCACUGGGCCAGCUUGCGGGUCGCGAGAUCGUCCUCGCCCGCUUCCUCUCGUGCGUCGGCUAUGAGGCGUGGUCGCCUACCGAGGUGGACGGCAGAAUGGUGGACAAGGAUCCGUACCCAUUGAGCUUCAGCGACUGCGAGGCGUUCCUGCUGAGCUUCGAGCUGAUGCCCGAGUACGCAUUGGUGGGGGCCGAGUAUGCGAGGGCGCCGCACAAGAUGGAUCCGCGCUAUCCGCGGUUAGCGCGUGCGACGACGCGGGCGUACAACCGGGUGCUGACGAGGUUGCGGAUGCAGCCGCAUUUCCGCGUGUCCAGCCAGAUUUUGCAGACAGAAACGGCGGGCGCGAUCAAGAGUCCGUGGAAGCCGGGCAGGGCCGGCUUCUUCCGAGCCUGGGUGCCGUCGAGCGAGGCGGGUGGGUGGUUGAGCGACACCGAGCUGGCGCGGUGCGAGCGCGAGCUGUUCAUCGCCGGGGUGCUGCCGCAUCUGCAGAGGGGGGAUGUGGUGUGGGACUGCGCGGUGGGCGACGAGCGCAACGAGGGCAAGUACAUUUUCGAUGGCCGCUACUUGCGCGAUCUGUCGUUCAUGUUUGACCGCGCUGGUCACUUGCCCUCGUGGCUCAACGCCUUCCAAUUUGCGCCGAGCUACUACCACAACAUUGUGCGCUCGAGCGACGCGUCGCAGCCGGUGCUGUACCUCGAUGUGCUACCGUGGCGCGACCAGAUCGUGUCGACGAUGCGGCUGGUGCAAGACCAGGUGGAGACAUUCUCGCCGCAGGGCGUGCGCUACCGCAUCUCCAAGUGGCUCUACCGCGCCGUGAUUAGCGUCGUGCCCGGCACGAUCAUCUCGGAUGAGGGCGUCGAGGUCGUCGACGCCGGCUGGCACGGUAAGAUCGUCAUCGAGACCGAGGGCACUGCGGAGCAUGCCAAGGAGUUGAUCUCGAGGUGUGCCGGGCCCGCCGAGUCGGCACAGAUCAAGGCGCGCUUGCUGGCUAGUGUGAUGGAUGCGGACGGCUCGAUGAGGGUGCCCAAAGCUCCGGCUCCGACGAGGGAUGGGAAGGGGAACAGGGUGGAGACGACGUCGCCGUGGGCGAUUGUGCGCGCGAGGAGUAGGCCCGGAUUGAUUUGGAUACGGCCGAUGGAUAUGCGUGAGCGGGUUGUCUUUUGA